GGGUCCGUGAAGCCGUCUCCGUGCAGUUCGGUGCAGCCUGCAGUGUUCGGAGCAUCGCAGUGGGCGCUGUUGUAGUGUCUCCGUCCUCCAUUUGUGCUGGAUCAUCUGUACACGGCGCAGGCCCGGAGUAGCGCAGCCGCUCUGAGUCACCUUCUUUUGCUUUGAGCCGUGAUCGACCUGGUUUGCUGUUAUGGAGGAGCACACGGUUCACCAGACGGAGCACAUGACCACUAUCGAGGCCAGUGCGGUCAGCCAGGUCCAGCAGGUGCACGUGGCCACAUACACAGAGGCGUCCAUGCUGAGCGCAGACGAAGACUCCACGUCGUCCCCCGAUGACGACCCGUACGACGACACGGACAUCCUCAACUCGGCGGGGACUGAUGAGGUCACGGCACAUUUGGCUGCGGCAGGACCUGUUGGCAUGGCGGCCGCAGCAGCUGUAGCUACUGGAAAGAAAAGAAAAAGACCACAUAUUUUUGAAUCUAAUCCAUCGAUUCGCAAGAGACAGCAAACUCGGCUACUACGAAAGCUGCGGGCCACACUUGACGAGUACACCACCAGAGUGGGACAGCAGGCCAUCGUGCUGUGUAUUUCUCCCUCCAAACCAAACCCAGUGUUCAAGGUGUUUGGAGCUGCUCCUCUUGAGAAUGUGGUGAGAAAGUACAAAGGCAUGAUGCUGGAGGACCUGGAGAACGCGCUGGCCGAGCACGCUCCAUCGGGGGGCGAGCUGGCGUCCGACCUCCCUCCUCUGACAAUCGACGGCAUCCCUGUGUCUGUGGACAAGAUGACUCAGGCCCAGUUGCGAGCGUUUAUCCCGGAGAUGUUGAAGUACUCGACGGGCAGAGGGAAGCCGGGCUGGGGGAAGGAAAGCUGUAAGCCAGUGUGGUGGCCCGAAGACAUCCCCUGGGCCAAUGUCCGAAGCGACGUGCGAACAGAGGAGCAGAAACAGAGGGUCUCGUGGACGCAGGCUCUCCGCACAAUCGUUAAAAACUGUUACAAGCAGCACGGGCGUGAGGACCUGCUGUACGCGUUUGAAGAUCAACAAGUGACCACUCCCACGGCGACGCACGCACACCUGCCCACCGCCCAGAGCAUAGCACACCUGGUGCCCUCCCAGACUGUGGUCCAAACUAUCAAUAACCCAGAUGGAACUGUGUCGCUCAUCCAGGUCGGCACAGGGCACACGGUGGCCACUCUGGCAGACGCCUCGGAGCUUCCUGGAGUCACAGUCGCACAAGUCAACUACUCCACGGUCACUGAUGGGGAGGUGGAGCAGAGCUGGGCGACUCUUCAGGGAGGAGAAAUGACAAUCCAGACGACUCAGGCCUCAGAGGCGACGCAGGCCGUGGCGUCUUUGGCCGAAGCUGCGGCGGUGGCGGCAGGACAGGAGAUCCAGCCCGGAGCUACUGUUACUAUGGCGCUCAACAGUGAGGCAGCUGCUCACGCCGUGGCCACUUUAGCGGAGGCGACGUUGCAGGGCGGAGGGCAGAUCGUCCUGGCGGAGACGGCAGCCGCGGUUGGAGCGUUAGCCGGAGUCCAGGAUGCCACAGGUUUGGUGCAGAUCCCCGUCAGCAUGUACCAGACCGUAGUGACCAGUUUGGCGCAGGGUAAUCGGCCGGUGCAGGUCGCCAUGGCUCCGGUGGCGACUCGGAUCGACAACACUGUGACGCUGGACGGGCAGGCUGUGGAGGUCGUGACCUUAGAGCAGUGAUACACGCUCCUAAAGUCCCGUACAGAGAGAGGGGGGAUUGAACGCUAGAGUGGACUGCCCUGCUGAACGUUUACUAAAAAGGGGGCUCAGCUAAAACUCUUUAUUAAACAUCUCUGUGUCUGACCAUGUAGCGAACCAAAACUGCACUCGCAAGACUAAAACUGCACACACGUUCAUGCAAAAUCAACUAUGUAUAUUAAAAAAAAAGUAUUUGACUAAAGCCCGCCACACACUGCAGGAUCAAUUUAGGCCCCGAUUUGCUUCUCUCCAACUUCAGGGACUUCAGUGACGCGAUUUAGGAGCCUCAAAUGCGAUUUUUGUGAGCUGCUCUGUCGUAAAACAUCACCACGGUAACAACGAAUAAAAAGGCAUCAGAGAAAGACGGAGUGACGGGCACAGAGGCGCAAGAUAUAAACUCAGGAAAAGGCGAAAAUAAUUUAAACCCGACUUUAUUAAUCACCUUUAGACUUGUUUCUAAAGCAGAAGUGUAAUGCUCUGAUCUUUGGAGCGUUUAGUCGUUUUACUGUAGACAGGAAACAGCUGACAAUUCACAAUUUUUAGCUUGCGGUGUGCGGUCUCUUCACUGCCGUAUCCCGUUGCAGUCUUAUCCGAUUCUCCUCGUGUCUGUAGUCUGCGUUUCUUGGCCAACGUUUAAAAAAAUAGACUGAAAAUCCUGCUGUGUGUGGCGAGAUUUAGACACUAUCGACUGAUUGCGCAACUAAAUGACUGAAGGACUACAGCUCUACAAUUUACAAUACCAGAGUUUCCCCUUUAAGAGAGGAGACUGGUGGUUGUCCAGGGUGUCAUUUUUUAAUUCUAAAAACAAGCUUAACAAAAAUGGGUAACACAAAUGAUUAUGGUUGGGACAAAAUCCAUCAUAUGUUUACAUUCUGCUUGGACUAAAAUGGGCCAAGUGCUGGAGAGUUCCAAAAGGCAGAGCUACAACGACAGCAAAAAUAUUAAGUAAAUCAAAAAGUGUAAGGCCAAAAUAGACUUCUGGUUUAAAGUCUCAUAAAAGUAUGUAUUUUUGAAUGGUGCUAUCACUUUUUGAUGCUGAUUGGAAAAAUUAUUUAAAGUGCCUAUGACAGAAUGGAUUAUUCCUUUGACUAAAACACAUUUAAGAUCAUGAUACAUUUUUUCCCCAUCUCUGUAAAUGCUGCUGUCAGGCUCGUCAUUUUGGUCUUAAAAUGCUCGGAUUGACCCAGUCUGCGUGAUCCUGAUAUUUUAAUUUUGCUAUUGGGUAAGUCAAGAUAUGAACAUUAAUAAGAUACAAAUAAGCUGCCUUCUUUCCGUGAGGUCGUUCCCGGUAUUGCCUUCCUCAAAUAUCGGCUGAUAUAUUGGACCGAUAUUUGGCCUUUUUAGCGUAUCAGCUAUCGGCCUUAAAUCUCCAGCACGGUCCGAUAUUUUGUUUGGUCAAUCUGCUGCCUAAAAAAUACAAACAAAGCUUUAUUUUAACACUUUAAUACGGAGGGAUAUCUGCAGAAAACAUGACUGCACAGCUCUGUAGAAAGAAGUUUUCUGUAGUCCUUGUAAUUAGGGAUAGAGAUAAGGGACAUUAACCAUAAACAAGGAUAAAACAUACUUGACACUUAAAGUUUCAAAUUUACACUGACAAUAAGACGACCUGACCUAUAUUAUGUGACCUGCUCUAUUAAAUCAAACCCAUUUCAAUAUAAAGUUUACAUUUAUUUUAUUUAUUUACAUUGACAUAACAUAGGUGCUAUGUUCCUACUAAAAUUCUCCAGUUAUCAUGCAGUAUCUCUAUCCAUAAUCAUCAAAUGUUUUCUCAUAGCGAUUCACUUUUUCCUGUUACGGGCGCCAUUUUGAGGACUUUUGACCAUUGAAAAGAUUCAUUAGACAAAGCACAAAUACAAAAGUUGAUGAAACGAACUUGGAUAAAAACUGUUUGCAAGUGAAAGUGCAGGUUUGUUUACAACUGGAGUACAGUCCCAACAUGGCCGCCACUGUGCCGGUCAUCAGUUACUAUGGCGAUCAUGGAAAAGUCCACUCUAGUCUUCUAAUCCUUUUACAAUCUCUGGUUCCACCCACUGUUUUCCCAACCGCUGUGUACAAUGUGACAUAAUGUUGGAUAUAUUUUAAAGUGUUCAUAAGUUCUGUACAUAGUAAACAACGCUGUGAUCGUGUCCCGCUUGAUUUUAAUGUCUUUUUAUUAUUUCAUUUUUUUUAUUUUAACUCUCUGUGAACUUGAGCAUUAAAUAUUUAUUUCCUUAACUUUACUUGGCUGCAAAGCAAACCAAAAAUCCCAGGAGGAAAGCCACCGCCAUAUUGUGAAGUAGUCUUUUGUGGUACCAUUUUUUUUUGUUUUUUAUGUAUGUUGACUACCACAAUCACAUUUCCUGCUUUGCGUAUGUAAAACCACUCCUUAAAGAGACACUAUGUAACUUUCUUGGUACCAGAUCCUCUACCUGCUUGUCUCCAUAGCACUAAAUUAUUGCUUUGCCUGGAAUGUUACGCAGUAUGGCAUUAAACAUAAUAUAUAUUUCAUUUAUUCAUUAUCGUGGCGUCUCCUAUUUGCCUCAAUGGAGAGAGAUCAGCUUAAUGCUAUACUAUGAAACAUUCAAGGUGGAAGCUAUGUGAGGGGGUCCAAGCUCCCGAAAAGUUACAUGGUGAACCUUUAAUUUCUUCAAUGUACAGCAACUAAACUAUUUUUGCAUCUUUUUCCAUACAUUUCCUGUACAUUCACUUAUGGCCCAUUUUGUGAAAUCUCAGGAUCUCUACGUUUGUAACACCGAUUCUUUCAAAUGAUCUUCUGGCGGCCAUUUUGUACCAAAUUUGAGUAAGUGCAUGGCAAGGAGCAGCGCUGAUAAACGUUCUUUGUAUCAUGACUCGUAUGCCACUUGCUUCGACCAGGUACAAACAGUGACUGGAUCUAUCGACAACGUUAACUCGUGUGGGUUAAGUCGGCUUCUCGUAGUGCAGCUAUAUUCACUUCUUCAUUGUGUGUACUUCAAAAUGACCAAUAAAACGGCUGCUGUUCAC